GCAUGCAAGACUACCAGACACGUGCUGAAGGGACCUGAAGUUGAAACCAACAAAGUUGAAAAUGUGGAUCUCAUAGCCUCAUUUGGGAAUUUAUUUUUGAUGAUCAUUAUCACACAGUAAGUGUUUGUGGUUCAUUUUAUGCGAGUGAAUCACCUGUUGGCUUAGCCUACUGCUCAGGCUAUAGUAGCCCGCAAACAGGAAACCUAACUGAUUUAUUGUUGCUGGAGCUGGAGAACUUGAAAAGAGAGUUAAAAGAAAAGGAGAAAGUCCUACAUGACAAAGACGAAGCGCUGCAAGUCAUGGCACAUGAACUUUCCAAAACUAAAAAGACACUCCUGCCAAAAACGCUUGAAAUGCAGGAACUCCGAAUGUUUAUCAGUUACCCCAAGAAGGAAGACCCAUCAAGGCAGUCAUCAGUUGGCUAUACAGACCGGGAUUCCGACCUUCAUAUCAGAAAAACACGCAGUCUGGGGAUUCCACUUUUGAAUCGGGAUUCUAAACUUCCUGUCAGAGGAACACGCAGUAUGAUGACCCCACCUUGGAUGAGGGGAGACAGCCCCAGCAAGGUCAGCUCUGAGUCUCCUGUUGUGCCUGCGCUGAGGCUGGUGCUGCUGGGGAACAGAGCAGAAGCCAAGCGGGCCGUAUUGGAGGCCAUACUGGGCAGAGAGAUGGUUGCCACAGCGGUCAGCACCCCCACCCAGGCCCAGUGCAGCGUGAGCAGACAGGGAGAGGUCGCGGGGAGGAAGGUGACGGUGGUGGACACUCCUGACUGGUUCAGCCCUGCAUUCUCUGAGAGGCUGAGGAAAGACGUGCGACUGUGCAUGAAGCUGAUCAACCCUGGGCCCCAUGUUUUCCUCCUUGUCGUUCCUGUGGACACGCUUGAAGGAGAGGAAAGAAAUAUUCCAGAUAAAAUGGAAGACAUAUUUGGCGAGACUUGCUGGGAACAUACAGUGAUCCUGUUUACUGGUACAGAUGAAAUGAGAGUAACAAGCGUGGAGGAGCUGACCCGGAGAGGGGACCUGAAGCUCUUGGCUGAGAGAUGUGAGAACAAGUAUCACCUCCUUGACCCCAAUGCAUGUGGGGCAAAUGACUCUCUACUGAGGACAAUUAAAGCAGAGGUGACUUGGAACAGUGGUGGAUUUUAUAACAGUCAAAUGUACCUUGACGCUGAGAAACUGUUCAGAGAGAUGUAGACAAAGACACAACAAGAGAAAAGGCAAAGGGAAGAGAAGAGAAGAAGGAUAGAAAGAGAGAUGGCAUGACAGCUUGAUAAGACUUUACCGGAUUCUUGGGGGGGGGGGGGUGAGAGGAAGAUUGGAGAGCUAGAAAGAGAACUGAAGAGGGAGGCUGAUCAGAGGGAACAAGUGGAGCUAAUAAUGAGUGAGCUGAGAGAGAACAGUGAAAAAGAAAGAAAGGAAAUGGAAGCAAAAUUCGUUCAGCUAAUCUCAACACUAGGACUUCCUGAGUGGACAGUCAAAAAGAGUAAGGGUGUGGAACACAUUAUCUGGGGUCCGCUUCACUUCAAUUGGGACACCACAAGGUGUCUUGUCACCACUGCUAAUACGUAGGCCUAUAUAUUGUACACUGACUGUUGUCACAGUGGUUACCCUGGAUGUCAUAUAAUUACAUUUGCAAAUAGUGUUGUGAUUAGUUUACUAGAGUGAGAUGAAACUGAACAGUAUUCUCUCCUAUUGUAUGGUAUGCUGGUAUGGACAUUCAAACAUCACGGAGAGAAUUGGGGAAGAUUGUUAAAACCUGUGGAAAAAAUCAUUGCAAGCAACAGGUAUACGUACCAACCCAUCUACUUCUGGUCGUAGAUAUGAAUACCCUAACGUGAGAACCAACUGAGCAAAACACAAUACAUUUCCAUGGCAUUAACCCAAUUAAAUAACAGGUAUGACUGGAGGAGUAUGAAUUACUGCAGUACUUUUAGUUUUAUUUAUUUAUGACAUUAGACCUUUUAGGGAAGUGCAAUAUGCUCAUUUUACUUUUAUUUAUUGAUGUGUGUAUGUUAUGUGUUAGAUAAAUAGCGCUGUAGAUGUCUGGUUCAAUGUUUCUGUAGGAUUAUGUGUCAAUGUGCCUGUACUGUGCAACAAAUUGCCUCUCAGGGGCAUUAACAUUUGCUAUGUCCAAGUUUACUUACUUUCUUCUAAAAGGUGCCAACCUUUGGAAAUAUAAUUCAUUUCAAUAGUUGCAUACUCAUGUCUACCUUAGUAGUGUCAAGUGUUACAGGGAGCCUACACGGGGCACAUCACUGAAGCAUUCAAUUCGCAAUUAGCCCCUACUGUUAUCAAUGGAACUGUCUACAACAGAUGUGAUGUGUUUAUCAGGAAUAUUACACCAGUCCUCUAAAAUUGUAUUUACACUCUGUGAACAGAACGCCUCAGUUAUGUUUAAAUGAAAAAUGUUGUGGAUGAUUUACAGAUAUGUGGCGUUGUUGAUGGUACAUAGUCUGUGAGAAAAAAUAAA